GUACCUCGCGUAGGCUUCCUCAUUGUUGAUUGCUGCCUCCCCGUACUCUCUCUGACUCUCUCUAUCUCUUCCCGUUCAGAUCCACAUCAUCACCACGCCUCUAAUCCAGCCAUGGCCUCCCCGUGCCUCUCCUCUUCAUCACUCACCACCACCGCCAUAACAUGGAGCUCAGCCGUCCAGCGUUUCUUCCUCCAUCGUUCCUGCUACGCCGGUCUCCACCACCGCCUUCUCUAAGUUCACAUUUGGUUCCCGAUGUCGCCGUGUCUCUCCGUCAAGGGAGCUUCGUUGCUUCCCUCUCCAACAGGCCACCUUCCCCUCAUCUUAGAUCCCCAACCCCCUCCGCCAGCGUCAGAUCCGGCAAGCCGGCCGAAGAGCACCAGCAUCAUGCCCUCCCCACCAUGGUAGGCCGAGCUCCUCCUCACGCUGGCCUCCUCCAUCAAGGUCGUCGAGCUCCCUCUCCUCUGCAACGGCCUCGAGGUCGACACUACCACAGAAUUCGCCUCGCUUCAAAUUCCACACUUCGUCCCGAUUCGGUUCAGAUACCAUGGGGUGAGGAGCAUUGCUUUGACCAUUCUAGAAUACACCAAGGACACAAGGAGUAUGUGCUGGGCUGCUGGUGUUUGCUGGAGCUACACUUGCUUCAUUGCUCCACCCAAGAAGCAUGUGCACACUGCAUACCAGAGAAUGCAGAGUGGUCCAUAAUUUAUUUGCUUGUGUUAGACUCCCUUUGUAUGAAAUGUAAGACUUUUUUGAGUCUCAAUCUAAACCAAACUGAAUACCAGAGAAAUGCACAUUUUGAUAUUGAGUAUAUCAUUUUCUUAUAUUAUACAACUUACCUUGAAGAUGUAAAACAUUCUUUUGGCUGGUAUAUACUCCCUCAAUGUAAAAGCAUAUACGUUCUACUUCAAUUUGUUUUGUAG